UUUUUUCCUUUUCUAAUAUUUUUUUUCUCAUUUGUUAUUACUCAACAGCUUCGUGUGUGCUCAGUGCGUUACGGUUGCGAGUCGAGAGUUCAUAUCGCGCCCGCUUUUUGGUCGCUUGCCCCGGUAUAAUACACGCGUGCGUAAUGAUAUAAAAUGAAAUUUGAGUUAUGAAAUGGAAAAAAUCUUGCAGUUUGCCUUUACGCCGUAAGGUUCCUCAAAAUUAUCCCACAAAUGUGGCGCGUUCUUCGGCGUGAAUACUAGUUUGUGUGUGGUGCGUUUUGUUUUGGUUUUUUUUUCACAUCAUUUGAUUGUAAAUUUCGUAAACAUUGUCGGGUUUUCUCUGUUACUUCUCUGUUGGUUCGUUCGCGGUGAACUGGAGAAUUUUCGCCGGUUUUGACGAUUUUUGUUUUAUACCCAUGACAUGCUGAUCACCGCUAUAAAUCUCCGGUAAAUUCUUGGAACGGAAAGUUUAAGAUGACCGAAAGCGCCGAAGAUGGUUUUAAUAUGAUGCAAAUGGAUUCCAAUCAAGCCUCGCAACAGCAGCAGAAUCAAGUGUCCAAGAAAGAUAUACCUGAACGAGGAGUAUGGGGGUCCAAGUUGGACUUCAUAUUAUCCGUAGUCGGGCUGGCUAUCGGAUUAGGAAAUGUGUGGCGAUUCCCGUAUCUGUGUUAUAAAAAUGGAGGUGGAGCUUUCCUGGUACCUUACAUGGUUGCGCUGCUGCUGGCCGGAGUCCCGAUGUUCUUUUUCGAAUUAGCUUUAGGACAAAUGUUGACCAUAGGAGGAUUAGGAGUAUUCAAGAUAGCUCCAAUUUUCAAAGGUGUCGGUUAUGCGGCAGCUGUGAUGUCGUGUUGGAUGAACGUCUACUAUAUCGUAAUUCUGGCCUGGGCGGUGUUUUAUUUUUUCGUUUCCAUCGGAACAGAUUUACCCUGGAGAUACUGCAAUAAUUCGUGGAAUACUAAAAGCUGCGUUACUCCUAUGGACCGACACCGCGGUCUAAAUUGCUGGAACAACACGUUGGCAACGGAUCCAGCGUCCUAUAAAAUAUGCAGCGUUAAUCAUGUUAAUAUUAGUUAUUCUAUGAUAACCGAUCCAGUCAAGGAAUAUUGGGAACGACGAGCGUUGAUGAUUUCCAAAGGUAUCGACGACAUAGGUGGAAUUCGAUGGGAAUUCGCCGGUUGUUUGUUGGUUGUCUGGACUAUGUGUUAUUUUUGUAUUUGGAAGGGUGUAAAAUGGACUGGAAAGGUUGUAUAUUUCACCGCCUUGUUCCCUUAUGUGUUACUAAUUGUUCUAUUGGUUCGUGGUCUAACGUUACCUGGGGCUUUUGAUGGAAUACGCUACUACAUCAGUCCCAACUUAUCUAAAAUUGGAGAUUCCGAGGUGUGGGUAGAUGCGGUAACUCAAAUAUUUUUUUCGUACGGUCUUGGCUUAGGCACUUUAGUUGCUUUAGGAAGUUAUAAUCAAUAUAAAAAUGAUGUUUACAAGGACGCUUUGAUCGUAUGUUGCGUUAAUUCUGGCACCAGUAUGUUCGCCGGGUUUGUUAUCUUUUCGGUUAUUGGAUUCAUGUCUCACGAGCAAAAAAGACCGGUUGAGGAGGUUGCAGCCUCAGGUCCUGGAUUGGCCUUCCUUGUGUAUCCAUCUGCUGUAUUACAACUUCCUGGAUCUCCUAUUUGGUCUAUGCUGUUCUUCGUUAUGUUGCUGUUUAUUGGAUUGGAUAGUCAAUUUUGUACCGUCGAAGGAUUUAUUACGGCGAUGGUAGAUGAAUGGCCUAGAUUAUUGAGACGUAGAAAAGAAUUGUUCGUAUUGGUGGUUUGCAUCGGUUCCUAUAUGACAGGCUUAACUUGUAUUACAAACGGCGGUAUGUAUGUCUUCCAGUUACUCGAUUCCUACGCAGUUAGUGGAUCUUGCUUGUUGUUUUUGAUAUUCUUCGAAUGUGUGGCCAUAUCCUGGGCCUAUGGAGUGGACAGGUUCCUUGAUGGUAUCAAAGAAAUGAUCGGAUAUUAUCCUUUUAUCGGAUUGAAGUACUGUUGGUUGGUCACAACUCCUUUUAUAUGUGUGUCCGUAUUCUUCUUUAAUUUAAUUCAAUGGCAGCCUGUCAAGUACAUGAAUUACGAGUACCCUUGGUGGAGUCACGCGUUCGGCUGGUUUACCGCCCUUUCAUCCAUGUUAUGCAUUCCAGGAUACAUGAUUUACCUAUGGAUGAUCACUCCAGGAGAUUACCAAACUAAAAUAAAAACGAUCGUUCGAAUCGACGAAGACGUAUCAUCACUGCGCAAGAAAAUGCAAGAAGGAAAGAAAUCAAAACCCGUAGAAUCGCCCUAAUUCCCUGGUCCUUGCCAUUUUACCUAUCUAUUUUUUGUUUUGUUUAGUUUGUUCUUCAGUAUAAUUUAAAUGAAAUUUUAAAAAAAAAUCUUAGUCAACAGUGAAAAAAAAGAAGCCCUUUUUUUUAGAUAACGCUAUCGCGCGCUUUUUGUGUAAUGUUGUUUACUGCCGUAAUUUGUUAAUUGAUGAAAGAGGAACGUUGGGCUCCGGGGUGUGCAAUGUGUUAAGGUAUUGUUGUGGAUUUGUCUCGAAAAGUUGAAAGCUACCUACGCAUUAAAGGGGUAAGACAAAUCUUUGUACUUAUAUAUCAAUAAUGUUAUUAUUUUGUACGCAGUUAACACAAUUUUUUUGUAAAUAAUUUUUUCAUUAUUAUAAUGUGUGUAAGGCUCAUAGUGUAGUUUUAUUAAUUACUAAGGUAUUCGCGCGCUAUAUUUUAGUCUAACUAUAAGCAUUAAAUUCUUCCAUCUCUCUUUUUUUUUUUUUCGUUUUUGUUUACCUACAUAAGUUUUAAACGACUUUUAUUAUUUUAAAUAAUAAGUUAUUCCAAAGUCUUCCAUUUGACGUUAAUUUUCACUAUACGUAAUUUAUUUACUACCUUUACCAAUUUGUGAGGUGCUUUUAAGUAAAAGCUUUUGUUUUAUACCUACUCUAUAAAUAUGAAUUAAAAAAAACCUGUCGAACUUCCAUACAAGUCAUAUCAAGUAUAUUUUUAUUUUUAAGAUAUAAUAAUUAUAUAAGACAAUUUAUUGCAUUUAACGGUUAUCAAUGAUCUCACGAUGAGCACGGCUCCCAUCAGCAUCGUCGAUUCUUAUAUAUUGUAAUAGGCCAGAAUAUUUAAAAAAUCUCUUCACCUUUACCGUACAACAUCAGUUCAUCAUUGCAUCGAUUGAUAUCAGAAUUUUGGCGAUUAUCAAUGCUGGACUGUGAAAUAAAAUGUAGUUCCUUUUUAUUCGAUUUUAUUCUUAGUCCGGUAUGGUUUUCGUCUGUCGUGUGGAAUAUGGCGCCGUAUUCGUGAUUUUAAAUAUACUACAUACUUUACUGUAACUACUCUUCCUCCUUUUUACCACGACCAAUUUUCUCCUGCGAAUUUCAGUGUUCAUUGUUUCCCAAAUAUUCAUAUUUAAUAUAAAUAUUUUACUAUAUAUACCUACUACGUAUACUAUAGUGAUUUCAUUUUAGUCGUUCAGUGUGCCUAUAUGUUAUGUAUACCUACUACUGUGUUCGACUCGAAUCAAAUUCUUACAAAAUAACGUAUCUUGUUUCUUCAGUUCGUACCUAUGUAUGUUAUUUGUUGUGAAUGCAAAACAAAUCAGAAUUGUGGUAUUUCGCUAUAAUAGAUUUCAAUAGUAAUAAAUUUCUUUAAUGUAGUGUUCAAAGUUAUUACGGUCAUGAUAUCGUUCUAAUAGGCUAUGUUUUUUAAAAUCCAUUCAAAAUUACUAAAUUACGAAAAAUUCCAUAUUACCGAACACGAAUCAAAAACAGACCACGUAAAAUAAAACUAUUUUAUUGAACUGUCAAAAAAACCGUCUAACAUAUGACAAAUGUUUUAAAAAUAUAAAAAUACAUAAAAAUUACAAGAAACGACGAUCUGUUCCUCAGCAUCAUAAUCUUGUCAAAGCUCUCGUUGGCAACAGUUUGAAUAUACGAAAUACGUAUUACUCUUAAACUAUAAAACUUUACAAACAAUUUUUAAAAAACAUCAAAAUAAAGGUUAAUCUAAUUUAAAAAGAAAAAAAAACCGUGAUAAAUACAUCGGUGAGUACAGGUGGGAUAUGCCUUUGGCAAGGAAGACUAGUUAAAUUGAUCUCAUCAGACUAGACGUUUAAUUAACUCCGAACAAAGUAUCAGCCCAAGUGAUCAUUAGCUCGAUAGCUCGGAUUUGGUGAAUACUAUCAAAUAAGGCAGCUCCGGGAGUCGAUUCGGAAGUAUCUUUUAAAUAAUGUAACAACGUAGGUCCGAAAAUCACUGCUAAAUUGUAGGCUGACAUGUUGUUGACGGUGGAUUCGUUGGAGAUUCUGUGUAAAUGCUGCAUAACUGUCGAUGCAGCUGCGUAAUACGGUUUUGGUAACUUGGUUAAUAUUUUACGUAACUCUUCGAUGCAGUGGAGUUUGUUUUUCUCGCUCGAAUCAGCUUCGUAUAGUUUAGCAACCCU